GAGAAUCUGUUGUCACGGGAAUAUCUCAGCUGAAGAUAAUGAGGAAAUUAUGUCGCUCCUUUAGCAAAGUGCAUUCCUACCCUGCAAACACGUCCACUUGGGGCCCACAUGGGCCUCACUUGGGCUAGUUGGGCUUUGGCUGGGCAUGGGCUCAGAGUGGGCUUUGUUGUUGGGCCCCACAAGAAGUUUGCCCAGCAACAAUUUUGCCGCCUUGAGUCUGCUGUCCGUUAAGGAUCCAUUACGGUGUCGACUGGACAAAAGACAGAAUAAUGGAGUGUUCAGAAAGAACUAAAAGGAGGAAAAUAUCAGCGAAAGUGGAGGAACAUUUGCGUCUCCUUGAAAAGGAGUCUAUGAUUGAUGAUUUGUUGGCACAUGAUUCUGAAAACGAAUACCAACUGGAUGAUUUGUUAGAGCAUACUGAAAGCGAAGAUUCCAUGGACACUUUCUACGAUGCUUGUGAUCAGAACUGUUUUGAGAAUUCAUCAAUUGAUUUAGAAGAUGAAAAUUCCUCCGAUUCUUUUUAUGAUUUUAACAUUUCCUCAUUUGAUGAUUUGGAUUCUGAAAACCGGGUUCCAGGUGAUAUGCCUGGUUGUGAUAGCGACUGUGAUUUGCAUGGAGAUGUGUGUUCUGACUUGGAAGAUGACAAUGAUGAUGAUUCGCAUGGGAUUGCAGAGUGGGCUGCAGAAUUCAACAUACCACAAACAGCGCUGUCUGCACUUCUUAAAAUCCUAAGGAGAAAGGGUCUUGAUAUCCCAAUGGAUGGCAGAACUCUUAUGUCAACUGACAGAUCUUGCAAUGUGGCGAAUAUGGCUGGGGGGUCCUACUACCACUUUGGAAUCGAAAAUGCUCUCAUAGCUGAACUAACAUUUUUAGGACAUUUAGCAAAUGUGACUGAUACUCUCACACUUCGAAUUAACAUCGAUGGAUUGCCCUUAUUCCGUAGCUCCAGUUUGAGUCUGUGGCCUAUUCUGGGUAUGAUUAAGGAAAUUCCAGAGUGUAGUGUCUUUGUAAUUGGAGUGUACUCUGGUGUGUCCAAACCCGCAAAUGUGCAAGAGUAUUUACAAGAAUUCAUUGUAGAUAUGAAAGCAAUUUCUCAGAGUGGUAUUGUGUACAAUGGUGUACAUUUCAGGGUACCAUUACCUGAUGCUUUUAUUUGUGAUGCACCUGCUCGUGCCUUUCUUAAAUGCUCCAAAGGCCAUACGGGCUAUUAUGGGUGUGAGAGGUGCACUCAAAAAGGCCAGUACAUUAAUGGGAAGGUGGCUUAUCCUGAAAUAUCAGCAGAGCUCAGGACAGAUGAACAAUUUGGCAGGCAAGGCUAUCAACAGCACCAACUGUCAGUCUCCCCCCUAAAUGACCUGGGUAUAGGUUUAGUUACCAGUUUUGUGUUAGAUUAUAUGCACCUUGUCUGCUUGGGGGCAAUGCGUAAGUUAAUAUUUCUUUGGUUGAAGGGGCCGCUGAAAUGCAGGCAAUCUAUGAAGUUUUUUGUUGUAAUGUCAGCAUAUAUGGUUUCUAUCAGGCAAUAUUUACCUAGCAAUUUUGCAAGGAAACCACGAUCCUUGUUUGAAUUCAGCACAUGGAAAGCUACAGAGCUUCGGCAAUUUUUACUUUACACUGGGCCUGUUGUUCUCCUCAAUAAUAUACCCAGUAUAAUGUACAGAAACUUUUUACUUCUAUCAGUAUCUAUGAGAAUACUUCUGAGUCCUGCCUUAUGUUCUCCUGACAAUUGUGACUAUGCUGAGGAGAUUUUGAAACUCUUUGUAACAGAUUUUGCUGCAAUUUAUGGUGCUGAAUUUGUCAGCUAUAACAUGCAUUCAUUGAUCCACCUAGCUCAAGAUGCACGAAAUUUCGGCCCGUUAGAUAGUGUUCCAGCUUUUCCCUUUGAGACAUUUUAGGUAAACUGAAAAAACUUGUCCGUCGGCCUCAAAACCCUGUCCAACAACUCGUCAGGCGAAUCCAUGAGAAGCAGAAAGUGGCAAGCCAAAAGACCACAUCAGUUUUCAGCCCACUUAAACAGCUCCACUUUUCUGGACCAUUGAUUAAUUCAAUUGCAACAUGGGAACAAUACAGGCGUUACAAUGAUGGACAGACACUGAUCUCCUCCUCUCGUGGCGAUGACUGUUUUUCUGUAGGGGGAAGGAUUCUUAUUGUGCGGAACAUUUUGUCACAUUCUGGAACUGUUAAAGUCCUGUGUAAUUUCUUUGAAACUGCCAAAUCCUUUUUCACCUAUCCAAUGGACUCAUCAUGUCUUGGAAUUCUUUUUGUUUUUAAUUUAUCUGAAGACUUGCAGCUGUUACCUGUGGAGGAGUUAAAAACAAAAAUGGUGUUAUUGCCACUCAAGACUGGAUACGUGGCAUUGCCACUCCUGCACUAGUGUGCUAUUUAUUAUUAUUUUUUAUUGUUUGUUUUAAUUUUUUUUUGUAUGUAUUUGUUUUUCUUUAAGCAUGUUACCUUUCGCGAUAGUUGAAUUUAUAAAUAGUGGAGGAUUGGCAGUUAUACCGACCAAGUGGUUUAUCGGGCCCGAGGAGGAUGAAUGCUACUGGCCACCAGCAAGAAUGAACAUGGCAAAGGCGGUCAUAGAGCAACAGGACCCUCACACUGACUGGGCGACAUACAAGUUGACUGUCAAGAGAAAAGUCGCAACGUAUGAAAUUGCCCGCACAAAAUUAGUCGAGUAUGAACAGAACACAGAUGUACCAACCGAAUCUGAUUCUACAGAGAAUAUGGGAAGGGGGAAGCGCAAAAAGAG